AGAUAAGCUCGGACCAACUUCUCUCUAAACAUCCCAGAAACAUUUCCUCCUCCUUCUCUCUUCAUUUCUCAACCCCAAAUCAUCAACCCAUCUUCAACCAUAACUAAUCACUUUCUCAUCCAAGAUUAAGUCAAGAUUAGCAUCAAAGCUUCAAGGAUUGUCAUCUAUCACAAGUUUGAUCUUCCUUAUCUCAUUAAAUCUUGUACUUUAAUCAUGGAUUCAUCUAUUUCUAUGUUUCCCAACAUGUAUAGCUAAAUAAAUUUGGGGCUAGAAAUUGGUUAAUUAAUUGUUCUUAUAAUGUUUUAAUUUGUAUUGAUUUUAAUUGUUAAGUUUGUUCUAUUUAGAUUGUUGUGUCCAGAAAAUUAAUUAUGUUGUGUUUGUGAUAUAUAUUAUGAGUACUCAAUCAUAAACAUAUUGUUUGUUAAAUACACAAAUGAACACUUUCUGAACACACCGUUAAACUUCUUUUACCUUGUCCCGGAUUGAAGUUUUACGGCAGAAUUUAAUUAUUUUAUUUUAUUAUUUACACCACGGGGUUGGGUAAAUAAUAUAGUUAAUAAUUAAGGUUGUCGUUGCACUUAAACAACUAGUCUCGAUUUGGCCAUCACUGGGAAAUGUUGACUAGUUACUUAUUUUAGGUGACUUGUGUUGGGUCCUAAAAUAUUUAUCUACAACUUCUCACAAUCUGUCUAAGAAUAAAAUUAUCAAUUAUGUCUUACAAAUGAGCAUUGAACAAUUAGUUGCCAAUUUCUACCCCUACUUGCUAUUGGUUGAACUUUGUGUUGAUAAAAAUCUUUUCUCUCAAUCACUUUUAUUUAAUUACUUUUCCAAGCAAACAAAAAAAUAAAAAGAAACGCAUUCCCAACUUUAAUCCUUAGUUUGUGCUUAAUUAUUUUAUUUCCCGCUUCUCUGUGGUUCGACACCCUACUUCCUUGGGUAAAAAAAUAGUUGUGUGCCCAUUAUAUGCUACACACCAACUAUCCAUCAUGUACUUUGCAAAAUCAUUUGAUUCUAGUUCUAGCAGUGAGUUUCACCAUUUGAUUCUAUUAUAUUGUUCAUUCUCAGUGAGUUUCACCAUUUGAUUCUAUUUCUCAGUGAGACAUUGUUCAUUAUAAUAUCUCUGCGAACCAGCACUUGCCGAGUUCCAUGUCUCUGCGAACAAAAAUCAGAAACUAAGUAAGGCAGGAAAUCAGUUCACAUGUAUCAACUAUAACACCAUCCAAAGCAAAUUUCUGAAAACAAAAGCCUGAUUCGAGAUGGCUAGGGUUAACAUGAAAUCAGUUCACAGGAAUACAAGGAGUGCUACAACUACUCAAAAUGAGAAUCCUCAAACAGAAAACCAAGAUGAAGUUAUUCGAACAGGACAGAGAGAAGAACCAAUCCUAUUCCAGGAGUAUCAUAAGCCAGAAACAAGCAAGCCAGAAACAAGCAAAAAAAGAAAAAUACUUUCAAAAAGGAAAAGGGAAGUACCUGAAGAAUCAAGUGAUGAAAAUGAAGAGGGAGAGAGAAGCAACAGGUCCAGUUUUAUCAACCUAAGAACAAGAGUAAGGCCAGCUCAUUUCCUAAAGUUGAUUAAACAACUAGAUGAUAAUAAUAAAGCAGCAUUGCAGAGGAUUGGCUUUGGAGGCUUACUCCAUCUAAAUUUUGAUAGAUUCUAUGACGACUUUGUUCAGUUUCUCCUUGAAAAUUUCAGACCAAUUUUAGGACAACUACAACUCACGAACGGUGAGUUGUUAGAUAUAGAAGAUCAAGAUGUCAGAGCAGUAUUUGGGUUGCCAAUGGGAACUAUUGAUGUUCAAGAAGCCAAUGGCAAAAAUGAAAGUGAAGAAUACAAUGAAUUGCUGAAGCAGUGGAGAGCAGAAUGGGGAAUUGUUAAAGGAAGCCCUGAAACAACAAAGAUGAUUCAGAUUUGUUAGUCAUGUACGUUGUAUCAUGCACAACUAGAUCUCCAAAUCGCUCAUAAUCAGAUUUCAUUUGUCCAUCCCUCCAAAAAAGGAACACAGUGUACCAUCUUCCAGAUCAAAAUAAAAAAAAAGUCAGAUUCAGAAUCAGCCCUUUUCUUGAAUAUACCAAUCAAACUAUUCGAAUCAGAACCAUCAAAUGUUCUACGCCUUUCAGAUUCUAGUCUGUUAUAAGCAUCACGCUUCCUGAACCCAAGAGUCCUAACACCAUCUGCCUGUUUUUGAAGCAUACGAUGAAUAUCAGAAACCUUUGUCCCACUUUCCUUCAUCAGCAUAAUAAAUUCUAGAUACUCUUCAUCAACAGCACGAUGUGAUUUCAGGAGGUGUCUCUGACCAAUUGGACAAAAAGGAUGGUUAUGAUCAAUGAUAUGCUUAGAAACAGUCCAUUCACCAUCACUGCUAAUGGAAAACUGCAACUUUUCUUUACAACCUGAACGGUAAUCUAAUUUGGUAUAUGCUUUGUUUUCUGUUCCCUUUUGUAGUUUCUUCCCUUCUUUCCAACAACAAUAAGAUUUCAUAGACAAACUCAAAUUUCCACUCCUAAAUCUCUGUUUGUAUCUUCGAAUGCCAAAUCCAUUUUCAAAAGAAUGCUUGUUAUAAAGAGUGUAAGCUUCCAGUUCAGACUUGACAAUCA